AUGGGCAGCGGCAGCAGCCGGCGGCGGCGGGCGGCGGAGAACCGACGGCUGCCGGCAGACGGCCAGAGGGUGCUGGGGGCGCUGCCCACCCCCGGUCGGCGAGCCCGGGACACCCAGGAGGCGGUGGGAGGAGGUGGUGGGACCCGGGCUGAGCAGGAGGUAAGCUCUGGAGCCCGCCAGGGGUGGGAGUGCCGGGAGGGUCCAAACAGACCCCAGCCCCUGGGGCGGUCCCCAGAGCUUCUCAGCAGGGUCGGAGCAGCGCCGAGCCUCGCAGCAGAGAUCCUUUCCAGCCUGAACGGUGCUACAGAGCGGUGUGCCCUGGGCAGGCAGCCCCCGGGGUGCCCCACGGUCAGCUACGACUGCGCCGAGCAGGAGCUGAUGGCCAGCAUCGAGCAGGAGUUCUGCCUCUGA